CAUAAUGGACACGCUGUCACCAGUCACCACUCGCCACCACUCGCCACCACAUCGGUGAAGGGAGGCGAUGGCUGGCAUGGAACUAAUAUUUUCAACAGUCUGCAAUGCCACUUUUUGCGAGAGCGUAUACGAUAACCCAGUUACUGAUACGCAUCUAACUGCACGGCAAAAUGAGUUGUUGUAUUUGAAGAACGAAGUAAACGGUAAACAUCUGGUGAUUGGAACCUUUAAUAACUAUCCUUGGAGUUGGGUCGAGAAGAACGAAAAUGGCACCUUGAUUGGUAAUGGCGUGGCGUUUGCUCUUGUCGAAAUUCUGCAAGAAAAGUUCAACUUUACAUACGACGUCGUGGUUCCUGAGAAAAACAUGGAGUUGGGCGGGCGGAAAUACGGGGAGUCCCUGGCUGAUCUAGUCAUAAAUGGCAAAGUCGACAUGGGCGCCGCGUUCCUGCCGAUACUCGUGAAAUUCAAGAAGUCAUUGCAGUACUCGUUUCCGCUGGGCGAGGGGCUGUGGUCGAUGAUGCUGAAGCGGCCCAAGGAGUCGGCGGCGGGGUCCGGUCUCUUGGCACCUUUCGACACCUACGUUUGGUGCUUCAUACUGGCCGCGGUGUUGCUGUACGGGCCUUGUAUAACCCUCCUCACACGACUGCGAUCUUAUCUCAUAAGGGACUACGAGAAGCCUAUACCGUUGACGCCCAGCGCUUGGUUCGUUUACGGGGCGUUCAUCAAACAGGGAACGACUUUGGCGCCGGACGCGAACACCACUCGAGUUCUCUUUGCUACAUGGUGGUUGUUUGUUAUACUUCUGUCCGCCUUCUACACGGCCAACUUGACUGCUUUCCUCACAUUGUCCAAGUUCACGCUGGACAUUGAGUAUCCUGAGGAUCUGUUGAAGAAGAACUACCGAUGGGUGGCGCCCGAGGGUGGAGCUGUAGAGUUCGCAGUGAGAAAUCCGAACGACGACAUAUACUAUUUGAACAAAAUGGUUGUGAACGGCCGCGGACAAUUCCGCUCGGUGAGCUCGGACGAGGACUUUCUGCCGUACGUUACCAGCGGGAUGGUUCUGAUCAAGGAGCAGAUUUCCGUCGACGGUCUAAUGUAUAGGAACUAUCUAAAAAAAGCUAAGGAGGGCAUAGAAGAGUCGGAGAGAUGUACGUUCGUUGUCGCACCGAAUUUUUUUAUGAAAAGGAGCAGGGCGUUCGUAUACCCGAAGAAUUCUACGAUGUACAAGCUUUUCGAUACAGUGCUCGUAAGCUUGGUACAGUCGGGCAUAAUUGAAUUUCUGGAGGACAAAGACUUGCCCAGCACGAAGAUAUGUCCGCUGGAUCUUCAGUCGAAAGACCGGCAGUUGAGGAACACAGAUCUGCUGAUGACUUACUACGUAAUGUUUGCGGGUUUAGCUGCAGCUGUUGCGAUUUUCUUCGGUGAAGUCGUUUUUAAGAGAUACUUCCAAGUCAAAGUGACUAACAAGAAAUCACUUAUGGAAAAGAGAACAAGGAAAGCAAAUAAAAUGAAGAAGAGUGAUUCUAGUCGCCCACCACCUUACGAAUCUUUGUUCGGAAAACGAUCCAAGGUCCGAUUCACUGAUGAUUCUGAGAAGAGAAUAAUAAAUGGCCGACAGUAUUGGGUCACGAAAAAUGAGUACGGGGACACAAAAUUAAUUCCUGUGGGUACACCGUCUGCUUACCUUUACCGAUGAGAGGAAUUGGGAGUUGGUAGACCUUUUGGUUCCGAUUCUCGUACCUCAAACAUUUUCGAUCUCAGGCUGACUCGCUCGCGGCUCGUAAUUACGAAGCGUCGAGGUA